UGGACCCCCAGCUUUGACGGAUCUGAUGACGCCAUAAUCUAUGUCGCCGUGUCACAGUGCGGAUCAUAGGCACGGAUCCCAUCCGCCAGGCCCCCGUUUAAUUAUGAGUGUCAUUGGCCGCGAAUUCUAUCUCCGGACGUAAAUACAGCUGCGACAGCCGUUUAAUCUGGGUAAUCGCUCGCAUCCCGUAAUAAUCACAAUCGCACGCGUGCGAAACGGCACGGGCAAGAUAAAGGGAUAAAAACGGCCUUUAAGGAGGAUAACGAGAAUGUCUGUGCCACCGCCGCCGCCGCCUCCGCAGGCCAACGUUUUUGGCCCACCAGCGGGGGACCAAAGGGGCUUACUGCUGCAGUCCAUAAGGACGGGCAAAACUUUGAAGAAAACUGUCACUGUGGACAAAAGUGCACCAGCUGUCGCUGGGAAAGUAAAAGGUGAGGCAACAAGCCCUUCAUUGAAUAGCAAUAGUAGGAAUAAUAAUUCCAAUACAGUGAGUAACUCCAAUAAUGGUGGGCCUAUGUCAUUGGGUGGAUUAUUCGCGGGUGGUAUGCCAAAAUUAAAACCAACAGGACUGAGAGGGAAUAUGACGGACAAGGAGGGACAAAGUGUAAAUAAUUCUAGCUUCCUUCACUCGUCGCCCGGAUCAUCUCACAGUAUAAAGCGUGGACCACCUCCGGUUCCACCACCAGCUGCGCAGAAACCACAAUUAUUCAGUCAGCAGGGACAAAGUAUCGAUUCUGCGACAAAUAAUUCAGACAUUACACCCAGAGGAUUUGCGAAGUCCACCGUCGUGCCUAAACCAACGUCGUCUCCCUCUCUACAGAAGCCAUCACCGCCGCCUAAGAAGUUAAAUCUGAAUAGCGCGAGCGUGGCGAGGGCGCAGAGCAUGCGACUACCGCGCUCGCCGCCGGUUUUGGUGCCCUCGUCGUUGCACCAGUCGCAGGAUUGUCUGAACGAGACCAUGCCGCAACCCACGAGACAUACGAAUCGAGUGCUCAGGCCACCCGUAACGAGACCACCAUCGCCGCCGAUUUCGCGGACGGGUAUCAUGCCUACAACGAAACCUCCAUCACCGCCGACUUCGCGAACGAGACCGCCGUCGCCGCCGACUUCACGGAUGAAACCUCCGUCGCCGCCGGCCUCGCGAACGAACACCAUGCCUGCCGCAACCGCGAUGAGAGCGGCACCGCCACCGCCGUCGAGAGUAACGGUCACCGCACCUUGCAUACCGCCGCCGCCGCCGCCGCUCCCGCAUCGUCCCGCACCCACGCAUCAGAGACUGGCACCGCCACCACCGCCUCCUCCGACUCCUCCUACCAGAAGCUUGUCGGUGCGCAAUGGCGGUGGUCAGGCAGUGACCUCCGUUGACUUAGAAAUGCGAUUUACUGAGAUGUUUCACACGGUGUCGAGUUUCCCACCUCCGGAACCGUUUAAGGGAUUCGUCAAAGUCUACAGCAGCAGGAAUGCAGCAAAGCAACAAGCUCCGGCUCCACCUCUUCAAGCGUCUUCUACCCCUAACUCACUGCAUUCGUUAAAUACUUCAUCUGGGAGUAAACAGUGGCAACACAGCGCGACUUCUUUGGCAUACUGAAUGUAUACUUAAAUCAUUGCUUCGUGCAUUGAUUAUUGUUUAACAAACGUCUCAAUGCUGCCACAAUAAAUUGUUAAACUAAGUGAGCAUGGAAAGAAUGAAUCGGUAGAGUAUAUAUAUAAAGCGUUCGAGAGCGAGAGAAAGAGAGUGAGAGUGGUCCCGAAUUCAUGCGAGCGCAGUUAUACAAUAAAAUGUUUUAGACAAUAUUUUCUGUACAGUUUUAUCUUAGGGAAAUCUAUUUAAUAUAGAGAUUUUACUUAUUAAGAGAAGAAAUCGUUAGAAAUUUUAGGCCUGUUAAUACCUAACAGAAAUGUAAAGUAUAUUAAAGCGAAAGGCAACAUUUACUCUCAUUCUAAAACAGCAUACUCAGUUAAUCUUCCUAAUCAUUGUGUUAUAUUUUUCUUAUAUAUCUGUAAAAUUAACGGAAAAAAAUAUCACAUGAAAAUCGUUAAUUCACGAUAAUGUAUCAAUGUAUGAUGAUCAGCUAUUGAUAGUUAUUUGCUUAGAUAUUAAAGGCCAAAAUAUAAAGUUGUAACUUAUUUUUCAAUACUAAUAAACAAAUGCAGCAACAAUUCGUUGAUUUAAGAAUAAUGUGUAUUAAUGCGUUAUGUAUAAUAAAAAUACAAUCUUUACAUAAAAGAUGGUAAUAUCGAUUAACAUUUGUUUCUAAAUGAAAUAGAAAAGGAAGAACAUUCUUUAUCUAACAAUAUCUUUUAUUAUUUUUCUUCAUAAUAGAAUAAUAAUAAAUGUGAAAAUUUCUAAGUUCAAUUGUAAAUGUCACAAUUGAGUAACGUGUUAAUUUAAUAUGUUAAAGAAACAAAUAGUUUAUAAUAAUGAAUUGUUUUAGGACAAAAGUUGCAUUCUGUAACCAGAAAGGGAAGAAAGAGACUUGUUAAGUAGAUAAAUAAAACGUACAUACGUAAUUAAUAA